GGGCCAUGAAACAUUUGCACGAUUCAGAAAAGACAAAAAACAAAUCUAAAACCGAUUCAUAACAAUUGUGAUCAGCAAAACAAUAUAGGCUAGCUCAAAUACUUUUUACACUGUCCGAUGUCACGGUAGCCUACUGUAUGUGAAAAAAAUACAUUUUUUUUUCAAUAUCAUAUUUUUGUCAGCUACAAUACGAAUCUUUUAUCAGUUCUACUAUUUUUAUUUAAAUAAGGUGGGAAUAUGCCACUGCCACUACACAAUUUGCCAUCAAAUGUGAUAGAAACUGGCCAGUACAAUUUAAAAGAAUUGUGUUUAAUAUGAUCAUUGUGUUAUUAGUUGAUUCCUUUUUAAAUGAAUGAUUUCUUGUUUUCUUGAUUUGCUCUCACUUGUCACAAAUGCAUCUGACAAUUUUAAUUCAAAAGUAGAAGGACAGACUUUUAACCUGCAUAUUAAUCAAACGAAACUGAGUGAUACUGCCAUGUACGAUUGUGUGAAAGUUUAUCAGCAGAAAAUUGUUAAAUUUAACACAUCGAUUUUGUUGAGGAUUGGAGAUAAAUAUAGCAUUAAAGAUCUGAUUCAAAGUGAAGAUGUUCACCAACAUAUUCCUUUGACCACAGCUGAACCCGGUGGAACUGUAACACUGCAGUGUGUGAUAUCAGAAGAAGAUCAAAUGCUAUACUGGUACAAGCAAUCUCUUGGACAUAUGCUCCAAUGUUUAUUGGCUGAAUCUCCAAGUAAACAGCAUUCAAAUGUUUUGGGAGAUCAUCUGUGUUUCUCUGCAAAAAUGGUUAAUGGGAAUUAUGUUCUAAAAAUCCCAAAUAUAACCAAUUCAGAAGAGGGAAUCUACUUCUGUGGAGCGGGAACGGCAUAUGGGAUUAAUUUGAGAAACAGCACCUUUGUGACUGUAAGGGGUAUGUCACUACCAAUAGUGUUGCAGCAGCCAGAGUCUGAGCUAGUCCAUCCAGGAGACUCUGUGACUCUGCAGUGUUCAGUCCUCUCUGAGUCCUGUACAGGACAACACAGUGUGUUCUGGUUCAGAGCCGGGGCAGGAGAAUCCCAUCCAGGACUCCUUUACACCCAAGGAGACAGGAGUGAAGAGUGUGAGAAGAGACCUGAGACUCCCUCUCCUACACGGAGCUGUGUCUACAGCCUCUCCAAGAACAACCUCAGCUCCUCUGAUUCUGGGACUUACUACUGUGCAGUGGCCACAUGUGGAGAGAUACUGUUUGGCAAUGGAACAAGACUGGAUGUUAAAGAACCAGCAGUGGAUCUCAUAGUUAUCGUCCUGGGGGUGUCUUUAGCUGUGUGUGUUGUGUUGAACAUUAUCCUCAUCUGUACCAGAAAAACACGGACAGUGUGUGAAAAUUGUAAAGUGAGUGCUGCCUGUCACGGACAUGACAAGACAACUGGACAACAGUCAAGUGGUCAGGAAGGUGAAGACUUGAACUAUGCUGCUCUGCAGUUCUCUGAGAUGAAAGGUAAAAGAGGAAGAAGGAAGAGAGAGACCCCACAGGAGAGUGUGUACUCUGAUGUGAGGGGUUCUGACUGGGAGGGAAGUGGUCAACAGAAAAUCAGUUUGUAA